GUCUAUAAAUACGAACUAUCGGCCGGAGAACUACCCGCGAGCGGCAGCGCCGAGGUUUUCGUCUUCUUUAUCUGCUUCCCAGUCUGACGCCAUGGAUCCGUACAAGCAUCGGCCUUCGAGCGCGUACAACUCGCGGUUCUGGACGACGAACUCCGGUGCGCCUGUUUGGAAUAACAACUCAUCGUUCACCGUGGGGUCUAGAGGUCCAAUUCUUCUUGAGGAUUACCAUCUUAUUGAAAAGCUUGCUCAGUUUGAUAGGGAGCGCAUUCCUGAGCGUGUUGUUCAUGCGAGGGGAGCUAGUGCUAAGGGUUUCUUUGAAGUAACACAUGAUAUUUCUCACCUUACUUGUGCUGACUUCCUUCGGGCACCGGGGGUACAGACUCCUGUUAUUGUUCGCUUUUCAACUGUUAUUCAUGAAAGGGGGAGUCCUGAAACCCUAAGAGAUCCACGAGGUUUUGCUGUCAAGUUUUAUACAAGAGAGGGUAAUUUUGAUCUUGUGGGAAAUAACUUUCCCGUCUUCUUCGUUCGAGAUGGAAUGAAGUUUCCGGAUAUGGUUCAUGCUCUCAAACCAAACCCAAAGUCCCACAUCCAGGAGAACUGGAGAAUCCUCGACUUCUUCUCACACCACCCUGAGAGUUUGCACAUGUUCACGUUCCUGUUUGAUGAUAUCGGUAUUCCACAGGACUAUAGACACAUGGAUGGCUUCGGUGUCAACACCUACACUCUCAUCAGCAAAGACGGGAAGCCGCAUUAUGUCAAAUUUCACUGGAAACCAACAUGUGGCGUGAAGUCUUUAUUAGAUGAUGAAGCUGUGAUUGUUGGAGGGAAAAAUCAUAGCCAUGCAACCAAGGAUCUGUACGAUGCCAUCUCAUCUGGCAAUUUUCCAGAAUGGAAACUCUACAUUCAGACUAUUGAUCUCGAUCAUGAGGGUCAGUUUGAUUUUGAUCCGCUCGAUGUCACCAAAAUAUGGCCUGAAGACAUCCUGCCUCUUCAGCCUGUGGGGCGCUUAGUCCUGAACAAGAACAUCGACAAUUUUUUUGCUGAGAAUGAGCAACUUGCCUUCUGUCCAGCAAUUAUUGUGCCUGGAAUUCAUUACUCUGAUGACAAGCUUUUGCAAACUAGAAUUUUCUCGUAUGCUGAUACCCAAAGACACCGACUGGGACCUAAUUAUCUUAUGCUCCCUGCAAAUGCACCAAAGUGUGCUCAUCACAACAAUCAUCAUGAUGGUUUCAUGAAUUUCCUGCACAGGGAUGAGGAGGUUAAUUAUUUCCCAUCAAGGUAUGAUUCUUCUCGUCAUGCUGAGAGUUUCCCGAUACCGCCGAACCUUCUGCAGGGAAGACGUGAGAAGAUUAUCAUUGAAAAGGAGAACAACUUCAAGCAGCCUGGAGAGAGAUACAGGACCUGGGAUGCUGACAGGCAAGAGCGUUUCGUUCGCCGUUGGGUUGAUGCACUUUCUGACCCUCGAGUUACCCAUGAAAUCCGCAGCAUUUGGCUCUCAUAUUGGUCCCAGUCCGAUAGAUCUCUGGGCCAAAAAUUGGCGACUCGUCUCAACGUAAAGCCGAGCAUGUAAAGUGUUGCAUGUGGUAAGUAGCAGGUUAAUUUCAAGGUACGUUAUUAUAUGGCCGAGAAGCAUAUGGUGGGGUUUAAGGAUGAACAGAAAUGUAUCACUAUUUAGAGAACAUUCUCUUUGCUACUUUUUGUUCUGUUAACUGUUAAGCAGCAUAAUGUAAUAAUCAACAUGUCUGCAUGUCUCGCUUUUUGUGUUGUGAACUGUUAUUUUACGUAUGAGAAUGUAAUUCAGUUUUAUGCUGUU